AUGUCAGUAGCAGGAAUACCAGUACGACUUCUCAAUGAAGCACAAGGCCAUGUGAUAUCGGUUGAACUAACCACAGGUGACACCUAUCGCGGAAAGCUUUUAGAAAACGAAGACAAUAUGAACUUGUCCCUUUACGAUGUUGUUAUUACCAAGGGGAAAACCGGAGAUACAACUUAUAUGAAUCAAGUGUUUGUCCGUGGAAGUAUGAUUCGGUUCAUCAGUGUUCCUGAUAUCUUAAAGAAUGCUCCUAUGUUCUUUAUGAAACCGGGUGACAAACCAAAGCCUCCAAUUAGAGGUCCCAAGAUAAGAUAG